AUGCAUUAUUACAUAAAAUGGUUAGGUUUCGGUAGCACAAGCAAUUCAUGGGAACCGGAAGAAAAUAUUCCUCCAGAAUUAAGACACGAAUUUAAAGUUCGUAUGGAUCAGACUAAACGUAUAAAAGCACCUAAUGAAUGGGAGCUGUGGACGUUAAGUUCUCAAAUUUAUGUUCUAGAUGAAGAAGAACAGGAGUUGAAAGACUUUGGAACACCAAUACAAGACGGUACAUGCAGCAGCAUUGCUGAAUUCCUGAAACUUAUUGGAUUAGAAAAAUGUUACCCAAAUAAUUUACAAUUAAUGGAUGCAUUGAAGAUUCGGACUCCAACAACGUCUCCUGAGCUGAAAGAUAUUGCCUUAAAAUUUGUUGAAAAUAUUGUUAUGGUAAAUUGUAAUUGUAGAGAUCAAAUGCUUCAAGAUCUUACGAAUAACAAGUUUAAUACUACGGAUGAUAAUAGGGAUGAUGAAGAAGCGAUGUAUAGCUUAGAAAAUAUUUUAAAUGACACAGAAGAUGAAAAUGAAGCUGAAAUAAACCCGCUUGACAUCCUGCUUGUCCUCUUUAAAUGUAGUAGCCCAAUGCUUAAACAAAUAAUUACUAAUAAACUGUUCAUGUGUAAACUUGCUAUUCCGUUUAUCCUUCCUAAUUUUAAAAAUGAACCUAUAGAGAUAUGUUUAUGGCCAUUUCGGUCAAUUAUUUUAGAAAGUAAAGUACACAAGGGUUCAAUCCAAGAUAUGUCUGUAGAAUGCGCAUGUGAAAUUGUCUCUUUUGUUCGAAUAGGUCGCCCUUCCGUAUCAAAAUCGAAACUAGUGAAUGAAGUUCUUAACGAUCAGUACCACAAUACAUUUUCAAAUGUGGACUGCCCACUUGGGACAGCAAGACGAAAAAUAAGCGACGGAAUCGUAGAAGCUACAUGGUACAUUCCUUCAAACAAAUUAGCAGUUCUUAAAAAUACAACAAUGUUUCUCAAUUUGAGAGGCGAUGCUUUAGAACAUAAUGGACAACUUUUUAGGGUGUCACAGAUAACAGAUAUUUUAGUUGUGGUGCUAGAUAUCAAUAGUCUCGAAGACAAAUCAUUCAUGGUUUUUCUGAAUGAUAUGUUAAAUACUCCAAAAUGUGUUCUGUUAGCAAUCAAUGCAUUUCAAAAUAACAGAAAAGAUGUUCGAGAAAGAAUUACAUGUUUUACAAAAACAAUCGCAAACUACCGACGACUAGUCAAUAUUUGUAUACUGUCGAAGGAUGGACAAAUGAGAAGUUUUGCUGCCACUAAAACUGAACUGAGAAAGGCAAUUGCAGCAAUGAUGAAGGAAAAUGGAGCAAAUUGGGCAUCUUGGAGUAAAAAACAGAAAAAUGUUUAUAAGUCAUCUCAGUACAAAAGUUUGGAGGAACAGAGUAAAAUAAAGACAGAAAUGGAUGAAGAUCGACAAAAACAAGUGAAGGAAUGUGAAAACUUCGGACCUUUUAUAAAGACAUUUUUAGACAUUUUAUCAAAAUUAAUCAAGUCAGAUACGGAAUGCACGGUGUUUGUUCUAUGGUUAAAACAUUUCCUCGAUCAGAGAUCAAGGUCGGUACUUCCUGGAUACCUGUCCAAAUAUCAGAGUGAUUGGCAGACUCUGAAGACUAAAAGAGACAACCAAGAAGAUGGUACUGUUAUAAAAAGAUAUAGAGAAGAAUUGAAAAAGAGUGAAUUAAAACUUGCUGAAGCUUCGUUUGGAUUUGAACAUUUAUGUCGCGAAAUGGGUCAAAUAUUUGAAUCACUAAAUCAAUGUAAACCUGAACAUGCUGAUGCGAUCAACAUGCGGAAAUUAGCAGACACGCUUCCUUUCAUAACAGCAAAACUGCUUGUCAUGGGACAACCAUUUGAAAUAAUGGACGGUGACGUCGCUAACAUACCUUUGUGUUGGGUAAGAGCUGUUCUGGAACAGUUGAGAGAAAUGUUGGGAGACAAACGGCUUUUAGCAUUGUCAGUGUUGGGUAUUCAAGGUUCUGGAAAGUCCACGCUGCUUAAUACAAUGUUUGGACUUCAAUUUGCAGUUAGUGCUGGUAGAUGCACCAGAGGUGUUUUCAUUCAGUUAGUACCAGUAGAGAUAGACAAAUCAAAAUUUGACUACAUUCUCGUUAUUGAUACAGAAGGCCUUAGAGCCCCGGAGUUAGCCAAUCAGAAACACAGCCAUGAUAAUGAAUUAGCAACGUUUGUUAUAGGUCUUGGUGACAUUACAAUUGUCAACGUUAAGGGCGAAAAUGCAACUGAAAUAAAAGAUGUUCUACAAAUUGCUGUUCAUGCUUUCCUCAGGCUAAAAUUAACCAAUGAAAAAUUGAACUUGAAAAAGACCUGUGUUUUUGUUCACCAAAAUGUACCAGCAUCUGAUGCUAACGAUAGAAUGAUGCAAGGUAGACAACAAUUUGUAGAAGUUCUAGAUGAGAUGACAAGAGAGGCGGCAGAACAAGAAAAUAUAGCUGAUAUACAGUCAUUCAAUCAAGUUAUUAGUUUUGAAAGUGAACAAAAUGUCUGGUAUUUUUCGGAUCUUUGGCACGGUGAUCCGCCGAUGGCUCCUACCAAUCAUGGAUACAGCGAAAGUGUGAGCACAGUCAAGGAUUCAAUCCUUUAUAGGCUAACACUAGGAAGAGAUACGUAUUUGACAAUCACAGAUACUAUUUCGCGAAUAGAAGAUCUUUGGAAUGGUAUUUUGAAAGACGAUUUUGUUUUCAGUUUUCGUAAUAGUCUUGAGCUAAAGGCAUACACUAGCAUGGAUCAACAAUGUCAAACUAUCACAUGGAAAUUAGAAAAAUAUGUUCUAGAAUUUAUUAACUCUGAUGCAAAAAUUAAACUUGUCAACUGUGAGAAUGAGUAUGCCCUCGAAAAUGAAGUUCCAAGAAUAAUGAUGCAACUUGCAAAAGAAGUUGACAAACAAGUAAAAUAUGUUAACAGUGAAAUUGACUCCUUUGUUGAAGAAAGUACUCUUAAAGACAUAAUGAUCCAAUGGAGACAGGCCAAACGAAACAGAAUUUGUAUGCUUGCAGAAAGUCUUAUUACCAAAGCAAAAUCAGCUGUAAAUAGUACAAAAGAAGAAUUAAGAAUACAAAUACUGCGUGUGAAAGAAAAAACUAAGCAUGAAACAGAAAUAAAUGAAAUGGCUAAACAGUUAGCUCUUGAAAUGAAGGGACAGGUACCAGAUGACAUUGUAUUGACAGAGAAAUUUAACAGCCUCUGGAUUUCAUGGAUUAAUAAGUUUGACACGAAAGACAUUAGGGAUAUCGUUCCUAUUAAUAAACAAAUCGAAACAUUGCUGUGUGAACUGUUUCCAUCAGCUGCAAGAUUUAUAGAUGGCUCAAUAGAUGAAAAACUGCAUUUACCAGAAGAAGAGGUUUAUCAAAACAUGAAACAACUUGAUGGAACUUUAACUAGACAUUACAUAUCAACUAAGAAACAUCUUAGUAUUCAUAAAUUGGUGGUCAGGGUUUUGAGGCGAGAGUCGAGCGCAGAUACGUGUAAAAACCAAGCAAUUGAUUUAAUCAACAAGAUAUUUAGAAAAAUUGAUCUAAAACUAGAAAUAAUAAAAAAUGGCAUUCGAUUUGACCCUUCAUACGUCACAGAAAUAUUUUACAUUGUGUCGCAGGAAAUCUAUGACUUUAAUCUUCACGCCAACAAUGAUUAUUCUUUCAACUUGCUUCCACCAUUUCGUGCAAUGAUACUAAAUCAUAUUGUUCGAUAUGCAAAAGUCUUUUUUACAAAAAUGCAUGACGCUUAUAACAAAAAGAAUAGCCCAAAAGCACAAAUGGAAGAAUAUAAAGGUACGGCAUGGGCGCUGUUCAAAAAUACAGUUGAAGAUAAUACGGAAGAUGUAAUUGCCUUAGGAUUUUUCAAAGACGCCAUAGUAAAAGUUAUAUUAGAUCAAGUAUCGGAAUUACUUCAUAUUGAUGCUCAAGAAAGUAUCCAAAUUCUUUUUGCAAAUGGAAAAUACAGUUUAAUUAAAGAUAUACUUAUUCAUUUGGCUGACACGGAUGACUUUGAAGAAUACAAAUCAUAUAUCCAGGAUCCACAUACAUUUGCCCAGAAAUGGAUAGUCAAGUUAUUAGGGAGGACACUAUUCGAAGAAAAACAUGGGAAUGAAUGUUUAUAUACUAAACAUGCAAAACGUCGAGUAUCAAGAAUAAUUUUGCAUAUUUCAAAAUGCAUUGCAGAUACAACAGAAGAUUGUAAAUCACAUGGAAAAUCAAUCUGCAUAUCUGAAUGGAUUGAUCGAUUUUUACAGCAUAACUGCAAAGCUUCAUAUCUACCUCUGUUAAACGAUGUCUUUGUUCAUGUACGAGAUAGGAAAAUAUUCAAUGUAGAUACUUUCACCAUUAUGUUAAAAGAGGAACUUCCUGUAAUUGAAAGUAAAGUAAUGAGUAGGUUUUCAGAUGUUGAAGAGAAUAAUGUUACAUUAAGUAGUAAUCCCGUUCCACAUAUCAUGGAUAAUCUCUGGGGCUGUUCUGAAAUUUGCUUUUUAUGCAAAGAACCAUGUAUGAAUACUAAUAAAAAUCAUUUGGAAGACAGAAUCCCUCAUAAAUGUUUACAACAUCGGCCAAAUGGUAUAGGUGGUGUUCGACUCAUAGCUUCUCGUGAGCUAGUUAUUGAAUCCUGUAAUUAUCUUGUUUCAACAAACCGUCCAUAUACUAUCAAUAGUACCCAAAAAAGUGGAAAAUUGAGAGAUUACAAACGAAAUUUCCCUGAUUGGGACAUCCCACCACAUUCCGAUGUGUCAUUGUAUUGGAUAUGGGUGAUUACUAGAUAUGGAGAGGAACUCAAGGAGAUGUAUGAUUCGGAAGAGCCAAUAAUACCUAAAUAUUGGAAGUCGAUUUCAAAGGAAAGAGCACUAGAUAGUCUGUAG